AUAUAUUCUUUUACUUAGGAAAGAUGAGACUUGCUUCACUAAGUGUAAUGAAAGAGUAAGUGGCAUCUGUAACUUUAUUUAAAGCUUUUUGUUUUGCAAUAGGCAUAAAAGCAAUCCUUCUUUAUGACUGUGUAAUACAACACUAUGGCUGAAUAAAAGAUCCACAUAUCUUCUAUUGAUUCAGAGGCAAUGACAUUCUUGGGGUUUCACUACGGAAUGCACUACAGAGUUUCGUGACGGUGCAAGAAGCCACCUUACCUAUGGUGUCAGUGUAAAACAAGGGAGACCUUCAAGUAAACUUUGUAGGAUCACGUUUACUUUAACUUUAUACAGCUCAGGGCUUAUUAACUAAGUAUUAUCGUUAAAUAACAUUUUCCCCAGCUUAGGACAAGUGCUUUUUGGUUUAGUCUUUAUCUAAAUAUUCUGUUAUACAGUGCUCCAUAUAAUAUAGGACCUACACUUAGCAUUGUCAAUCGAUAGAGUUGCCCAUGCGUUGGAUCACCUUGUGGGAUUAUACACAAGAAAGACACAUCAAAGAGAUCACACUUGUAUUCAACACAACCUCAACGUGUCAAGCACAAGAUAGUGCAGGAGCAUUCAAGACUUCUUGAAGUAAAACAAUGCUUUCCAUUUAUUUUGUACAGUGAGGAGUGAUGAUAAGGUUUUCUGCAUUUUCUUUUUAGUUUUUGUUAUGUGUUUAUAUUUUGUAGCACGAUACUUUAACAAAUUUCUUUAUAAUUCCAAAUCGUAAAUGAUUUCUUUUAUUCCUUUUUUCUGUGUACAUUAAUUUACGUAUUUUGGACGAGAGGUAUCGAUUCAUAGUUUUUUUUUUAAAUUUCCUACUGUUACAGUUACACACGUCAUUGCUACUUUUUCGGAAAAUAAUAAAUUCAAAAAGGUGACCUAUGACUGCACAUUAGAAAUAAUAUUCUUAGUUUUUAUGCAUUUUGUCGAUGAAAAGUAGAGAAGAGCCAAUAAUUCAUGCUACACCAUGUUAUUUUAACAUGAGUCUACAUUUUUUUAUGUAUGUAUUACAACUUUUUUUUCUUUUAAUUCCUAGCUUCUUAUUCUAAAGGGGUUAAUUAGACUAUAUAAUAUCUUUUAUACCCACGAUUCUCUUUAUUUUGCCUCUAUGGGGGGGGGGGAGGGGGGGAAUCAACAAUAUCAACCAAGAAGGAAAGACAGCAUUGAUAAGAGGAAGAGUAAAUCUCACUGAGUUAUAUGAAAAUUUUGGAUUCUAGCUCUACACUUGAUUCAUUUUCAAAUGACAUGAAGGACUUAUCAAGGCAAUGUCAAGAGUAUGCUAUUAAUGCUCAGAACUUGUAUUUGAGCACAGACCGGCUCUCCUGUACUAUUUUGACAUCUUCUAAUCGUUUUGUAUCGUAUGGCCGAUGGCUUAGUACACUGGCAGUGGCAUCGGGAGCUGUGUUUGGUUUCACUUGUUAUUAUCAACACGCUCGCCUGCACCGUGUUUGGCGAAUUCGGAAUCCCACAAUAGUGUUGCGCUAUCGUUUUGCGAGCUGGCUGAGUGGAGGUAUUUUUAUAUCUACGAUUUUGUUUAUGAUCAGCCCCCUUGGGCCGAUGCACUCGCGUCGAAUGGAAAUGGAGAAAUCAAUAGCAUUAGAUUCACUUGCAGUGAAGGCACUUGAGUUAAAGCAAGCUUUUUCCACACUUCGGGUGUGGUACCUUUGCCGCGCAUCUUGUGCACAUGACCACCUACAUUCCAAAGAAUCUGACAAGGAAAUAUCAUCCCAACUGAAAAGCUGUUCAUCACUCAAUGACUCUGUGUGGGGGCGCAUUAUAAUUCCGAAGCUGAGUAAUUCUCUAGUUCCACGUGAAGGACGGACUAAAAAAUCGAGUGAAGAGGACAACGCCAGAAUAUUGACCCCUCCCAGCUCAAACGAAAGCGAUGGUGGCAAGUGUGUAGAGAGCGGACACACUGGCAAAUUGUUUCUGACACGUGCUAAUCAAACGUUAUUAGUACCACAGGAUGGACUUCCACAUGAGUCGCCUUUUCUGUCUAGUUUACGCGAAAAGGGGGACAACGAAUUGGAUAUCACUCAUAUGUCUUCCUUUUCGAAUCAUUCCAUAACUAAUGAGGUUCAUGGUAACCUGAAAACAGUACCUGACAGAUCGCAUUGCUUAGGGAAUGUUACAAAGGCAAGAGAUAGUAUCGUCCUCACAACAGCAGGCUGCUUAAAAAAUUCUGAUCCAAGGUAUCCGCUGGAGGAAAAGAGAGCUUAUGAUGGGAUUGAGUCAGAUGAAGAGCUUAAGAAAGCGUUUGAAGCAUGCCGUCAAGUGUGGGAAGACCUACAGAAUACCUGCAGACAUCUUUCUUCCGAAGAUGUAAAGUGA